UGCAACAAGUCAACACCUCCUAUUGAGCGCAACGUUACGCGUUGGACCAACACACAAGAACCUUAUAUUAAAUUGAUAAACUGACAACAUUUUCUGCUUCGAAAUGGCUGUGCAAACGAAGUGGUCGAGAAUUGUAGAACUUCUCAAACCACAUCGUCUAUUAUUGAGUGUUCUUAUUGGUGUCGUGCUUGGCUGUGUUAUUGGUAUCUCUUGCCAUGACGCUGUUCAGAAUUCUCCUAAUCCCUCACCUCGAAGACUUGCUAUGUAUAUUAAAUUCCCAGGUGAACUUUUCAUACGAAUGCUGAAGUUGAUUGUGAUACCUUUGAUAACUUCAAGUAUUAUCGUUGCAUUGAAUGAUAUUGAUAUCAAAAGCGCUGGUCGUCUUGGUAAGAGAACCAUGAUCUAUUACAUAUCAACCACAAUGCUAUCUGCAAUACUUGGUUUGGUACUCGCGUCCAUCAUUAAACCUGGGAGUGGCGUCAAUGAAGAAAAGAAAGCAUCGGAUAGUGUCAAUCGUAACUCAGUUGAUUCAUUCCUAGAUUUACUCAGGAAUGUUUUUCCAGAUAACUUGAUGGCAGCCUUCUUUAGAUCGGUUUAUACAGAUUACAAAAAGAACAUGGUAAAUUACAGAUAUGUGGAGAAAAACACUACCAAUAUGUCUGCAAAGGCGAUGUUUCAACUUCUGCAGAAGAACAAAGUAUCAAUGUCAAGCGAAGGUCAUGUGACACUUAUCAAGAAUGACGUCACUUAUGAAUAUGGUGGCAUUUCAAGUGGUGGAGGAACUAACAUGGUCGGUCUGAUUGCCCUCUCAAUUGCGUUUGGGGUCGUUUUGAAUACCAUCAAAAAAAAUGGGUUACCUUUGGUGAACUUGUUUAGAUCAUUGUGGCACACAAUUAUGAAACUUGUGGAAAUUAUUAUGUGGUUAGCCCCAAUUGGAAUUUGCAGUAUAAUUGCAGGAAAUAUCGUUGAAGCAAGUGAUAUCACUUUGCUAUUCAGAGCCCUGGGUCUUUAUGCGUUAACCAACAUUGUCGGCCAUCUUAUUCAAGGAAUUAUCAUCUACCCAGUUUUGUACGUUGCCCUUGUACGUGCAAACCCAAUAACACAUUUGAAAGGCAUCCUCCCAGCUCUGUUCACAGCAUUUGGUACAUCAUCCAGUGCUGCCACUUUGCCAACAACAAUUGAAUGUUGUGAAUCCAAAGUGAAGAUAGACAAACGAGUAACUCGUUUUGUUUUACCCAUCGGCGCCACAUGUAACAUGGACGGCGCUGCUUUGUAUUAUGCUAUCGUGGUUCUGUUUGUGGAACAGAUGGAACCAAAUGUUCAACUGGAAAUUGGUGAAAGAAUCAUGACGGUAUUGAUAGCCACAGUUGUAUCAAUUGGAGCUGCAGGUAUUCCCAGUGCAGGACUCGCUAAUGUAGUUGUCGUGUUGAAGGCAGUUGGACUUCCUGUUGACAAAAUUGGACCAAUAUUUGCUGUAGAAUGGUUUAUAGAUCGACUGAGGACGGUAAUCAACGUAAUGGGUGAUACAGUGACCGCAGCUGUUGUAGCCAAAUACUCACAAAAUGAUUUUGCGGAAGAUAAUUUUCAAUCUUUGGAAGUGUGCAAAAAUCUGCCAGGGGAAACUUCCCCUGAAUCGGAGGAAACAAUCUUAUAGAGUUUGCAUUAUUUGAUUUUCUUUUCUCUUCCGUGCGUUUAUAAAAAUUAAAUAACUAUUUAGGGUUCCAAUAUAACCAGAGAGC